GGACCUUCGGCAGUCAGCAAAGUCACUUCCGUUGAGCCAUCGAGUCCUGCGAGUCAGCCGCAUUUCGAGUUCGGAGUUCGGGGCACGCGACACACAACGCCAGCAGCUGUCCUGAAGCAAGGACACGUUAGCCUCAGCCAGUUUAGCCAAAGGAACCAAAGAAACAAAACCAGAAGCGCCAAGUUACCAUGGCCGCCCUGCCCUCACCGCCCACCAAUGCCGCCGACGCCGCCAGUGAGAGCAAGGAGAAUCCCCAAGGACUGGGACAGGGACACGGUCUCAAGGCCACUCUCAAGCCUUUUGGCAAGAUCACCGUGCACAAUGUCCUUAGCGAGAGCGGAGCCAAUGCCCUGCAGCAACACAUUGCCAAUCAGAACACAAUCAUCCGCAAGAUCCGUGACUUUGGCAUGCUCGGAGCUGUCCAGAGUGCGGCGGCGGCGGCGCAGGCUCAGGCGGCAUCAUCCGGCAGCACCACCCCCCUGUCCAGGAAGCGACCCCUGGGAGAGUCCAAACAGAACCAGCAGAACCAGCAACAAAAGCCGCUGCCCGCCGCCAAGAGGAGCAAGUCUUCGCUGAAGAAACUGCAGUCCGAGAAGACCCCAAAGGCAACGCCCCAACGGAGCUUGGCCAAGGUGCAGCGGCAGUUGGAGCAGCGGCUGAUGCAGGAGCACCAAGAGCACCAAGGAUCGGUGGUGGCGGCGGCAGCGGGUGGAACGCCCGGCCGUAAGGGACUGCCCCUGCCGCAGGCCGUGGCCCGACGAAAUGCCCGGGAACGGAACCGCGUCAAGCAGGUGAACAACGGAUUCGCCCUGCUGCGCGAGAAGAUACCCGAGGAGGUGUCGGAGGCCUUCGAGGCCCAGGGAGCCGGGCGCGGGGCCAGCAAGAAGCUGUCCAAGGUGGAGACCCUGCGCAUGGCCGUGGAGUAUAUCCGGAGUCUGGAGAAGCUGCUGGGCUUCGAUUUCCCGCCGCUGGGGCGCUGCGCCAAUAGCUCUGGCUCCGGCUCCGGUGACGAUAGCUUCAUGUUCAUCAAGGACGAGUUUGACGGGCUGGAUGAGCACUUUGAUGACUCCCUGAGCAACUACGACAUGGAAGAGCCCCAGCAGCAGCAACAGCAGCAACAGCAGCAGCAGCAGCCCCUGCCUGCCGUGGACACAGAGCCCAGUCCCAGUCCCAGCGUAGAUGUCCUGCCCAGCCUGACCACCCUCAAUGGGAUGCAGUACAUCCGGAUACCGGGCACCAACACCUACCAGCUGCUCACAGCCGAACUGCUGGGUGAACUGAGUCAGGAAGCGGGAGCGGGAGCGGCAUCAGUGGCUGUCAGCAGUCCCUGCUCCUCGCCACCUGCCGUUGGGGCCGAGGAGCUGCUGUUCAAGCAGGAAUCGCCGCCAGGACUCACCGUGGCUUACAGCCAGCAAGAACCACUGCAGCAGCAACAGCAGCAGCAACAGCAGAUCCUUGGAUCCUCGCCCGUUCUACCCGCUUUCUAUGACCAGGAGCCGGUCAGCUUCUACGACAACGUGGUGCUGCCCGGCUUCAAGAAGGAGUUUAGCGACAUCCUGCAGCACCAAGAGCAGGUUGGACCCGGCGCCUCCGGCGGCGGCUGCCUCUCGGAUGAGAGCAUGAUCGAUGCCAUCGAUUGGUGGGAGGCGCACACGCCCAAAUCGGAUGGCGGUCCUGCUUCCGCCGACGCCUCCGCCGUGCUCCUGUAAAAGUCCAAGUCUUUUUUUAUAUAUUUAUAUAUAUCCUUUUUUUUUGCAAGCAAACCCAAGCCUUGACCGAGUCAUUGUGUAAUUGUAAAUAGCCGAGAGAGAUUGAGAGAGAUUGAGAGAGAAUCAUCUAGUGAUCAUCUUCUUCCUGACCUCCACUGUCCUCCCCCCAAAUAGUUGACCUCACAAAGAGCUAAAUGUUGAGCCAGUCCUAGUUCGUAGACAUCCUUGUUCCCCCUUUUAAUGGUAGUUAAGGUUCCAACUUUUUUUUCAUAGACCUAAUGUUCAGUUGAGUUAAGCUAAUAUUAUAUAUACUAUAUACUAUAUAUAAAUACAUGCCAAGUGUGCUAAAAAUCAAUUCAAAGUCUUUGGUUAUUUGGUUAUCAAAAGUUAUAUCGAUUUUCCUAUUAAAAUAUAGAUUUAUCGAUACUUUUUCAAUCGUUGCUAUAAAUCAAAAUUCCUAUAAAUUUAUCUGACCUUAAGGAGGCUAUCAAACAGCUAGUUUUGGUCAAGUUUCUAUGGAAAAAAUACAAAUAAAUCGAUAUUUUAUCGAAAAAAAAUCGAUAUUUUCGAUAUAUUGAAGUUUACGAUACUAUUUUGAGCCCGUAACUCCGUUUUCAAAUAUCCUAACGGUUUUUGACACAUGGAUUUCGACUAAUGGCUGCCAAACAUGCACACUCAUCGGAUCUGAUGGGAUCUGAUCCGAUCUGAAUGAAAACAGAAAAAAUAACAGACAACAGAGAGAGCUGAGAACAGCCAGAAGGGAAUCGGCGUUUCAUGUUCAUUUUCAUAAGCGUCCAAGCAUGCAAAGGGAUAGGAUCGUAUAUGGUAUAUGCCGUAUUUGCAUACGGGACAGGGAGAGGUCCUGCGAGGCACUCCGCUUCACUGCCUGAUAUUCAAAUGAGCCUCAUGUCCGUGUCCGUGCCCGUGUCCGUGUCCUGAUAAAUGACAGUGCGCCCAAAAGGGGAAGAAGAAACGUAAAAAAAAACCGGAGGCAAGAGAUCUAGAAAACCCCAUGUCGUAACCCUGCAACGUGGGAAUGGGAAAAACCGGACCGGAAUUGUGCUGCUGCAAGUGCAGGUCUCCUAAUGACACAACUAAUUAAAAAUGCACCGAAAGGGGCAUAAUAAUUAGGGAUUUGACAAGGACAACCGCAGAGCAAACGGAUUGCUCUCAAAGGCGGAGGUCCUUGUGUGGAAAUUUGCAUAAAGGAAAGAAAAUGGAUAAGAAAAAGAUCUUUUCUCACCCUCACGCUGACUUGGCGCUAGGAGCUCUUGGCUAAUUGUAUGCAGGACCUUAUUGUCCUGUGCCAACGCAUAUCUCUCCCCCCUCCCUAGUCUCCCUCUUUGCCACUUUGGACAGCUGCCAGGAGACAGGACAGGGCACAACAAAUGGAAAGAAAACAUCUAGAGAAAACCAAGAAAACCGAGAAAAACGCGCCAAUCCAAAAAGGAUAAAAAUGAUGCAAAAUUAUCCAAGACGAGCAGGAGGACGAGAAGAAACAG